AGCCCGGCAGGCCCCCCCCCCCCGAGCAGGAGGCAGGAGGCGGGCACCCCGGUGCGGAAGUGCACACAACAGCAGCGGAUGGACACUCAACAUGCACGGGAUUCACGGAAUUCACUGAUAGUUACACACACACACGCAGGUCUAGCACAGACUCGCACGCGCAGUUUCAAAGACACAUGAAGAGUUACACACAGAGAGGUAAACACACGUAGCUACUUAAUGUUUAGACACGAAUAGAAUUACACACGCAUACGUUAGUUAUACAGAGGCAGAGUUACGUAUACGGACAUAUACACGGUAAGUUAUAUAUGUACAGUUACAAAGACACACCCAUAUAUACAUACAUAGAGUUACAUCCACAUAGUUACACGCGGACAUAGACACGUAUAGUUGCACACAUUGAUAGAUAUUAUAGUUAAAUUGACAGGCACACAGCUACACAUAUAGUUCAUCACACAUUGACAACCGCACUGUUACACAACGCACUGACACACAUAAUUACAGUUCCACACAUUAACAGCUACCAUACACAGUGACAUACAUAGACAAUUACACAAUUAACACACACAUCCACAUUAACACACACAUCCACAUCGACACACACGGUUACACACUUGAACACACACACCGAUACACACGCCGAAUUACAGCAAAACACAGACACACGUUGACAUUGAUACUGACACUCAAACUGCCCAAGGUUGCUUACAGGGCUAUAUUUAGUAGUUUACUAGCAGCCAUCCUUAUCUCACGGCGGAAACGGUGACCUCACACAAGUGUAGUAGGCCACACACUACAGUGAUACAACCUGUGCAGCUACUCAAUCGCCGGCUGUGUUGUGCGUAAAAGGCCGGACAUCGUCGACGGCAACUCGAGGCUCGUGGGUGAACAGGGCGAGGAACCGUGGUGCCGUGCACGCUAUUCAACCACACAAAGAGGUUAUUUCUGAAGGAAAUUUACACAUCUGUGACCUCAGUAGCAAUCUAAGAGAACAUCUGGCAGAACCCACUCACGGAAGAGCCAACAGAAAGGGUGAUUUACAUGGUCAAAACCACUCAUCAAUAAAUAUAUGCUGGAAGAGCAGGGCAAUGUUCUUUUAUUCCUCCCUUGGGUUUGACAUUUGCAUUAAGAGACCAUCCCCCAUGACAAAGUGAGAGAGGGGAUCUGGCCUAAUACAGUGCGAGCGGUGACAUCAUUCAACAUGUUCUCCAUCGGCCUGUGAAGCCAACAAACAAACGCUCAAGGUUGUGCUCAAAGGGCCAGUUUCACGGAAGGGCAGUACCUUCUUUGGGACUAAAGUCGUCAUCGUGAUUUCGAGAUAGAAAAGAAGACUGCUCCUUGGACAUGAGUAAAAGUGCAAGCAGUGAAAGCCGAGGGUCAGCUGGGUCGCAGCCCCCAGCGCAAGGCAAGAGCAGCUCCUCGCAGAGAGACAGCCAUCAGGACGAUGGAGAAGUAUGGGAAGUUGUGGAUGGAAUGAAUGAGUGCCAGGGCAGUUUGACACCACCGGUUCGGAAGGAAGGUUGCCUACAUAAGAAACGCAAAUGGCCCCUGAAGGGCUGGCACCAGCGUUUCUUCACUUUGGAGAACGGGAUCCUGAAGUAUGCAAAGACACCCAUAGAUGUACAGCGGGGCAGGCUGCGCGGCUCCAUGGACCUUGGUCUGUCUGUCAUGUCCAUCAAGCGAAAGGCCGGCUGCAUUGAUUUGGAUAAUGAGGAGAGCAUUUACCACCUCAAGGCAAAGUCCAAGGAGCACUUUGAGCAAUGGGUGUCGAGUCUGCGCCACCACCGGCAGCACCGGCAGUUCAGCAUCUCCAAGGCCCCCUCGGUUGACGGAGACACCCCUGUAUGUGCCGUGGCUGGACAGCGUCGGCAGAGCAGCCUGCAUCGACAAGCCUCCCUGGGGCCCCAAUCACGCCUUGCUGGGUGGUACCACGACUCCCAGGACAUGGAUAAAUGUGACCGAGACCUCUUGCAUUGCCAAAGUGGGCUCGGCGACAUGGAGCGAAUGCUGCACGGCCUCGAGAGUCUACACAAGUCACAGUCGGCCACCUCCUUCAGCGACAUCCAGGCGGCAUGCCUCGAGAACGGCAAGAAAGAGAAGCGUGUGAGCCGGCGGUGGAGAGCCAAGUCCUCCCUCAAAGAUAACAAACCGCUGCUGCAGGUUCCCAACAGCAUGCCCACAUCUCCGCUGCGAUCCCACGCCUCCAACCCAAACCUGGCGUCUGCGGGUUCAGAUGCGGCCCUGGCCAACUACUCCACCAGCCUGUCAGACGGACUCAACAUUUCACCCGAGCAUGGGAGGCUUUGCCAGGACUUUUACUCCCUGGCACAGCGAGUGCACACGAGUCUGUGCGCAGUGCACAUGGCACUCAGCUCCGAGCGGGAGAAGGGGAAGAAGCUCGAGCAGGAGUCACUGGGAGCAGGCGCCGCUGUACACUUGAUGACUCUGCGCAAGUCUCUCUCGCAGGCGGUAGCACUCAAUGUGGAGCUGACGAACCGCUUGAGCAGAAUUCACAUCGAGUCCAACCUGAGUGAGCUCAUAGCAGCUCCCACUGGUGCAGAAUUAGCGACUGAGCGGCCGAUGCUCGGGCGGCCUCUCCUGGCCCAGCUGUCUGAGAGUCAGCUCUCCGUGUCAGAGAGCGAAUUCUAUGAUGCCCAGGAGGUGCUGCGAUCCUCAAGCUCAUCAGAGGCUACGGACGAUGACGAUUCGAGCAUAAGUGAUGACGUCAGCGACACGAUCUCGGAGGACACAAGCAGCCGAGCCAGCUUCAAGUCUCAGCAGAGCAACGCUCCGAGCAAUCCAGAGACAUUUGAUGGCAACCGCGACUUUCAGACGGGACGCCGCAUGCACCUGCCCGCCCCCGCGGCUGACACCAGCAGCAUUGGCCUCUGGGACAUCCUGCGCAAGAACAUUGGCAAGGACCUCUCCAAAGUGGCCAUGCCCGUGGAGCUCAACGAGCCAUUAAAUGUGCUGCAGAGGCUGUGCGAGGAGAUGGAAUACAGCGAUCUACUGGACCGCGCUGCAGAUACUGACGACCCAGCCCAGCGCAUGGUGUUGGUGGCAACCUUUGCCGUGUCCACCUAUGCCUCCACCAUCUCCCGCGCUGGAGGAAAACCGUUCAACCCUGUGCUCGGCGAGACAUACGAGUGCAUUCGAGAGGACCGCGGCUUCCGCUUCAUCGCAGAGCAGGUCAGCCACCACCCUCCAAUUUCUGUCUGCCACUGCGAUUCAAAAAAAUUUGUCCUCUGGCAAGAUGUGCGUCUGAAGAACAAGUUCUGGGGAAAGUCGAUGGAAAUUAUCCCUGUGGGCACAGUGAAUGUCAAGUUGCUCAAGUAUGGAGAUGAAUAUGAGUGGAACAAAGUGACCUCCUGCAUCCACAACAUUAUGGGAGGCCAGCGCUGGAUCGAGCACUACGGAGAAGUUAUCAUUAAGAACAAGAAGAGCAAUGUGUGCCAGUGCAAGAUCAACUUCAUCAAGGCAAGUUACUGGAGCUCGGAGGCAAACCAGGUUCAAGGCACCGUGACGGAUCAAAACGGCCAUGUGCUGCACCGCCUCUUUGGCAAAUGGAACGAGGGGAUGUACUGUGGUGCUCAGCGCUCAGCACGCUGCAUCUGGAGGCCAGGCUCCCUGCCCCAGGAUCACGAGCUGUACUACGGAUUCACGCGUUUCGCCAUCGAACUCAACGAGCUCGACCCUGUGCUGCGACCACACCUUCCUCCCACGGACACGCGUUUCCGACCUGACCAGAGAUUCCUGGAGGAGGGCAAUGUGGAGUCUGCCCAGCGGGAAAAGCUGCGCAUCGAGGAGUUCCAGCGCGAAAAGCGCCGCCUCAUGGAGGACAAGAACAUACUUUACACACCACGCUUCUUCAGAAAAAAUAUUACACAUGACAGCCGGGAGGAAUGGCUGAUGAACAACACGUACUGGGAGCUCAGGAAAGAUCCAGGAUUCAGCAAAAUAGACAAUCCUGUCCUCUGGUGACACAGCACAAGGAGAACAUAGUGAAGCCUAGGCUUUAUCGAGCUGCAUUUUACUAUGUUAUCCUUGACAUCCAAAGUGCAACUUUACUUCUAGGCAUAUCUUUUGCGAUGAGGGAAUAAAUAUGCAAUUAUCUGGUCCCAAAUAUGCAUGAGUGCGUUACUGAAGAUGGAUGGAAAUAUUUGGUGAUUUUAAGAAAGGUCUCAAUAUUCCCUACCCUAAACCUAACACAGACUGUAAGAGCAUGUAACCAAUCAUUUGAAACGGUUGGAUAGUCUAAAGAGAGUAGGUUGUGGUUUUAUGGAUUAACAAUAUACAGUGAUACCUCGGUUCACGAACUUAAUUCGUGAACUGACUCUGGUCGCGAACCGAAUUGGUCGUGAACCGAGGCACAUUUUACCAUAGGGUUCAAUGUAAAUCCGGUUAAUCCGUUCUGACCUUUCUUUUUGGUUUUCGAAGCACAAAAAUUUGAAACAAAUUACAAUACACAUUAGUACUGUACAGUAUAGUAACGUAUAAAGAGAGAACACUAACCUUGCUUGAGAUGACUUCAGUAAGCACUCAAACGGGUGAACUGUACAAUACAGUAAGUACAGUAUUGUACAGUACAGUAGUACAGUACAAUACUGUAUGUGCUAAAAAGCACACCAAAAAGCUAAAAGUCACUUGAAGUGUCUUCACAGUACUCACAGUACUUCUUUCUGUGUCUCUUCUUCUCUCCACGAUCUUCCUACAGGAAGUCACGACCAUGUGACAGCCUGGAAAUAGCAUUAAAAUGGCCGCGGCUCCUGUUCGUGAACCGAAGCGGAGUUCGUGAACCAGAGCAUAUUUUUAUGAACUUUUCUGUUCGUGAACCGAGUUGUUCGUGAACAGAAGCGUUCGUGAACCGAGGUAUCACUGUAUUGUAAUGUAGAAUUAUGUAAUGACAUUGCAGUGUAAUGGCGUUAAUCGGCAUACUGCAAGUGAUAUGUUGAGUAAAAAUGUAUUCAAAAGCCAAAUAGACACCAAAUAUUCUUGGGUCUUUUGGUAAAGUCACAUAAAUAGGUUCAAAGAAAAUAAUCAACAAUAAAACUCCGUUUCGAUCGCCCCCCCCCCCCCUUUUCCUGAAGACGACCGCUUGUGUUGCGAUCGAAACGUCGUAGGCUGUUAUUUUUUUUAUUUGAACCUAUCUACGUGACUUUACCGAAAGACCCAAGAAUAUGACUUCCUGUAAGUCACGGAAGCUUUAAGUCGAGACACCAAAUUAUUUCAUUUUUAGUUUUCUUGGCAAAAGGGCUUGAGGUAAAGCACAAAUGUUUCAAUUACUUUAACCAUGUUCCAAAAUGUCAUAUGCCCUCUCCUGGAAUAAGAUAUGCAUAUGCUGUAUUUAUAUUUAAUCUAACAUAUUAAAUCAGUCUUUCUCUGAAAUCGUCUUAAAUAUUUAUGGGGAAGUAUCUUUUUUCUGGGCCUGUGUAAUUUACAUUAUCUAAAGUAUACAUGGUACAAACAGGUAACGUACAUCCUAGAUGUGACUACUUGCCUGUACUGUCAAAAUUAUUGUAGAGAAUUGUAUAUCUAGUAAACGCCCAAGCACUUGCUUGCAAGAAUUUGUUUUCAGCAGCUAUUUAUAUUUAGAACCUGUAAGUGGUGUAUUGGCAUUCAAUAAAACGGCUGUGGGAUAAUAAUGCAUAUGCUAAAUAAGCAGGUAUUUUGCAGUUAUAGGAGCAGUACUAAUUGGAACUAUUCUUAACACAGGUUACAGGUACCUGUACUUGCCUGGAAACACUAUACUGUAUUUUUGUAGCAAACAACAUGUCAUGGUUACAGUCCAUGUUCCAGGUAAACAAAAUAUAAAGUCUCAAUUGACAUUGACCAUGAGCAAUUGUAUAAACCCCGUGAAGAUCCUGCACACGAUGCAUUCCAAAGUGAUUUUUCUCCUGUGGUAUUCGCCAAAUACACAUGGUGAAACAAAAACCUUCCUAUGGCUGUAAAAUUUUGGAAAGUGUUUACUGCAUUUACAAAUCAACCUUAUGUCGGGACCCCAUAAGCCCCCGGCUCUCGCGUAAACUGCGUUGCGGCGUCAUUUGAUGUCUGUUGAAGGCAAAUGAUACGGCAAUCUAUUCCUUUCGACGAGCUCCACACGAUGCGCUAAUCAAAGUUUAAAAAUGUUGUUUCUUCUGCGCAUUCCUCCUCGCUGCGCUUGGACGGGAUAACAGAAUGAUCUGCGCCAGGUGGGACGGAGUCACCAAAAAUGAAUUGAUUACGAUUUUGACUUCCGUUUAUUCGGGACCCCAGGGUCCUGCCAUGAGGUUAAAAUUAUAAAUUUUCACUCGAACUAAAAACACCUGUUUCUCUGAUGCACUUAUGGCUGGUGGUACCGAGCCAGUGAUGGGAAUUCCGCAUUGUUACAUUAACCAGAUUUUCCAUAGGACAACCAAAAUGAAUAUUCCACAAAGUGGCACUCUUUGUAUCAACCCCAAAAGGGAUAGGUUAAAAGAGACAACAGAACUUGUAACAAUCCAUCUUUACUUAUAGCAGACUAUACCGCAAUACAAGUGCAAGGCAUUAAAUGUUACUCUUAUAAAAGGGACACCUUGUGUGAAAUCAUAACUUUAAAGACCUUUACUUUACAAACACAGCAUACUUGAAAUAGUUACUGCCAGACCUAUGACGAUGUUCUUGCCAUGCGUUUCAUAUGUAGCUAGAACCACAGGUGUGGUUGUAGAUACAGUAUUGAACUAUGCUGUAGAUCAUAGGAUUCGUUUGUAUAUGAUAUUUGGCUGUGCCUUUCUUAAGUGCAAUCUUUGGGCUGUUUACAAUAAAGUACAUCAUAAAAACUCCUGCAA